CAAGACCCAUGGUACUCACUAGCAGCCAGCUAGUAAAAUAUUAAGUGCCUCUGCUUCUUAUCUUCGUACAGUGUGUAGUUGUGAGUCCACUGUAUUCUAGGAAGAGUGCACAAAGAAAUCUGCACGACUGAAAGACCUGUCAAUCAAUCACGAGACAACAAUAACAGCCCUUAAGGAAGGCUCACAGGUGGGUGAAGCUUUGUGUUCGCAGCUCAAGACCCCCAAACUCCUCCACUAGGAGACAGGGCGAUUGAAAACCUAGAGGGAGCAAGGGACCAAAGACGUACGGUUAACCUUUAAUCUCAUCAAAGGACUCUAGAGGAAGUUCCUUGACAGGAGAUAAAACGGAUUGACUCAGAACUGCUGCCUAAAGAACCUGAUGAGCAUUCCAUUCAAUUACAAACCCAUCGCUACGUGACAUAACUAUGAACUUUAAAAGAUUGUGCCCUGUGAAAGGGUGCCUCCAUUGACCCAUCAACUCAGUUGUGACACAUCUCAGAUCUAAAAAUAGACACGCUUUGGUUGAAACCGCCUUGCUGCAAUGUCUUCAGCCAUGUGCAAAAUGGUUGGAUGGACCAACCGUCGCUGUCAAGGCUCAGCAUUGGUUCUUCUCUACCUCUUUCUGACUGCUUUGGCUGCGAGGCCCAAAGGUCCAGGCCACACGCAUCUAAACUCUAUCCGGAUUGAUGGGGACAUUUCAUUGGGCGGCCUGUUUCCAGUUCACGCCCGGGGUCACGAGGGCAAACCCUGCGGUGAGCUGAAAAAGGAAAAGGGCAUCCAUCGUCUGGAAGCUAUGCUCUUUGCUCUGGACCGCAUCAAUAAUGACCAUGAACUGCUCCCAAACAUCACGCUGGGCGCCCGCAUUCUGGACACAUGCUCGCGAGACACUCAUGCUCUGGAGCAGUCUCUCACUUUUGUCCAGGCGCUCAUCGAAAAGGACGGCACGGAUGUGAAGUGCCAAGGUGGAGGAUCGCCCAUCAUUACCAAGCCAGAAAGGGUGGUGGGUGUCAUUGGAGCGUCGUCCAGUUCCGUGUCUAUAAUGGUGGCUAAUAUCCUCCGUCUGUUUAAGAUCUACCAUAUUUUCAGUGUGCUUUCUGACUUUUGGACUUCACUGCAGAGCUGUUGUCAGAAAUGUUGAGAAUGAAGAUUGGCCUAUGAUGUAGUCUCAUUGGACCCAGAGAGAGAAGAGGGGCCCCACACAUACACUUUUCAUC